GACCGUAACCCCUGUUCUCUUCUCCUCCCCGACCGCCCUCUUCCCCACCCCUCCACCGGUGUCCGCUUGAUUCGGCCCGGCGAGGGCUCGAAGCCUGGGUCAGCGAGCGCGACGAGAGCCAAGCGCCCGGCCCGGCUUCUUCCGCCGCCAGCGGGAGCGGAGCCGGCCCUUGCCGGUCACAAAUUCUGUGUUUUAGGAUGACAAAUCCAGGCCCAGGUAUGCAAAGAAAUCAACCCCUAAUGAUUGAAUGCCACAAAGAUGAUACUGUGUAGCUAUAAAAGUCCCACAACUUCAAGAAUUUUUACACAAUUGGGCUUCAUUUCAAAGACUUAAUCAUCACUGGGAAGUGAUAUCCCAGUUUUACAAGAUGGCAAAUGCCCUUAGGGGCUGAAGAAUGAGCUUCUCUUGCAUUAGGCUCAGUAAGAUAUGCUUCCUGCUCUCAGUUAUCACUUGCACACUUCUCCUUUUGCUGAUUCCCAAAUUUCAAUCCAGCUGGAGAUUUAAGAUCUAUCCUCGGCCACAUCCAUCUCUUGUUUUUAAUACUUUCAACAAGAAUGAUACCCGACUUCAGCAGGUGGAGUUCAAUUCCCCCAAUCUUUUGGAUGCUGGGAUUGACAAUAUAGUGCCCUUAACAAAAGAGAAUCUACUAGAAAAAUGGAAUCAUUAUGUCACAGACACAGGUAAAUUCCAUCUGAAAUCUAAUGGAAAGACAAAUGAAAGGCCACACAAUGUGAUAUAUACAGAAUCUGCUGAGAUCUCUCCUAAGAAAAAAUUGGAAUUGAAAGAUAUUUUUAUUGCUGUGAAAACCACAAGGAAAUAUCAUAAAACAAGGCUAAACUUGCUGUUCCAAACAUGGAUAUCCCAGGCCAAAGGUCAGACGUUUGUAUUCACAGACGGGGAAGAUCGUGAGCUGUAUCUCAGAGCAGGGGAUCAUAUAAUUAAUACAAAUUGCUCAGCUGUUCACACCCGCCAAGCUCUCUGCUGCAAGAUGUCUGUGGAAUAUGAUAAAUUUCUAGAGUCUGGGCAAAAGUGGUUUUGCCAUGUAGACGAUGACAACUAUGUGAAUUUGAAGAGCCUCCUGAGUCUUUUAUCUGCUUUUUCACACAGCCAAGAUAUAUAUAUAGGAAGACCAAGUCUGGACCAUCCAAUUGAAGCAGCAGACCAUCUCCGGAAUGAUGGAUCUACCACUACAAAAUUCUGGUUUGCCACAGGUGGUGCUGGAUUUUGCAUCAGCAGAGGCCUGGCCCUCAAGAUGAGCCCAUGGGCUAGCCUUGGCAGCUUUAUCAGCACUGCAGAGAGAAUUCGCCUCCCUGAUGAUUGCACCAUUGGCUACAUCAUUGAGGGGCUCUUGGAAGUGAAACUGUUACACAGCCCUUUAUUUCACUCUCAUCUGGAAAACCUACAGCGGCUGCGUGGUAGAGCUGCACUCAGACAAGUUACCUUGAGUUAUGGUGGCCCUGAGAAUAAACGCAACGUUGUCAGUGUGGGUGAAGUAUUCAGUAUACAACAAGAUCCAACUCGGUUCAAAUCUGUUCACUGCCUCCUCUACCCUGAAACUCUGUGGUGCCCUACCGUAAUAGUGAAAUGACAUCUCCCCUUUCCUGUGAAUCUCUUACACAGCUUUCUUUAAAUGAAUAGCUAGAGCUACGUAUCGGAGGAAGAAGAAAGACAAAGCAAAUCCCAAAUAAACCAGCCACACUCCAAUAUGAUACUUGAGAACCUUGGUCUGGUGCACAUUAUAAAUAUCUGCAGUGUUUCUUUUGGAAUCUUAAAUAUAUCUUUGCUGAGCCAUAAUCUUUCCUACAUUGUAUUAAUACAAUUUCAAAGUAAAGCUGCAGUCUGGCACUGUAGCAAUAUGGCUGAUAAAAAGACAUUUAUAGAAAUGUUUGGAACAAAGCAUAGCUUUUGUGGUUAUUAGGACAAGUGUUCUUAUUUGGGAAGGUAGUAUAAUCAAAGUAUUUUUGUUAAUUCUGCUUUGCCAACUGUACUCCUGUGGAACCACAGUAGAAAUAUUAGAAAUGUCAUAUCUUACAAUGAAUAUGACACAAGCCAAUCCCUAGCAACUUCUCUGUUCUACGCAAUACCAGAACCUCUUUCCUUCAUGGCCUUUUAAAGUUUGCUUUCCUUCUUACCUUUUCAGAAGUUCUCCACUGUUAUAAUCAAGUCCCAAGUGAUUGGUCUUCAAUAUUUUCUAACCACGAAUUGUUUCAAGAUAUUGAAAUAGAUAUUUCUGUUGGCUGGGCCAUCAUCUGAAUCUUAAAAUAUCAUAUUGCAUCUAGACUUCCUGAUGUGAUACACCCAACCAACACCCAGUAGAUUGGAUAUUUGAGAACGUGAGUUUUAGUAAAUGUAUUUGUAAAAGGAUGAAUCAUGAGGUUUUUUGAGGGUUUUCCACAAGCUCCAUGAUAGACUUGGUCACUUAAUAAAAGUUAUUU